AUGAGACACCUCAGGGAACUCCUCCGAAAGGACAUGGAGUGGAGGUGGGAUGCUCAACAGCAGCAGGCAUUUGACCAGGUGAAGAAAGACAUCCAAGAAGCAGCGACACUCACUGUGUAUGACCCCAAACAACAGUUGAUAGUCUCUGCAGAUGCAUCUUCUUUCGGUCUUGGUGCUGUGUUGUUGCAGAGAGACAAGGACAGUCGUGAAAGGCCAGUUGCAUUUGCGUCUAAAGGACUGAGUGAAACGGAGAGAAGAUACGCUCAGAUUGAGAAAGAGGCAUACGCUAUUACAUGGGCAUGCGAACGCUUUGAAAAGUUCCUUGUAGGGACGAAGUUUCAUGUCCAGACUGACCACAGACCUCUGAUCUCAUUGCUGGGCGAUCGAGAACUAGACAGAAUUCCAGCAAGGAUUCAGAGAUUCAAGCUGAGACUCAUGCGUUUUGACUACUCCAUCGAGCAUGUUCCGGGUAAAGAGAUGUGGAUUGCAGAUGCACUCUCGAGAGCCCCAGUAGAAACUGCAGAGAGUAUGGAAGAAGAGGUCGAAGCAUAUGUUCAGAUAGUGACAAGUUUGCUGCCAGCAUCGAGUGACUACCUAAAAGAAAUAGAGUUUGCACAGACUGAUGACCCAGUGUGCCGACAAGUGAAAGAGUAUUGCACUAGAGGCUGGCCAGGCAAGGGCAAAAUUCCGCCUGAGAUUGUCUCCUACUUCCAAUACCGAGACAGCCUCACGGUGCAACAGAAUUUACUUGUGAAAGACAACAGGUUGGUCAUUCCAAAGUCUCUAUGGAAGAAAGUGCUUGGCCAACUGCACGCGGGACAUCAAGGGGUGUCCAAGUGUAGAGAAAGGGCGAAACUGUCAGUGUGGUGGCCAGGACUAAGUACUCAAAUUCAAGAGAUUGUCGCAAACUGCACGACCUGCAUCCAAGAACGGACUCCAAGAGUGGAGCCCAUGAUUGAGUCAGAGCUACCAGAUUAUCCAUGGCAGAAAGUUGCUGCUGACCUGUUUGAACUGAAAGGCAGGCACUAUUUGAUCGUCGUGGACUACUAUUCCCGUUAUAUAGAAGUAUGUUAUCUGCGGAACACGACUACGGAUACGGUGAUAGCUCUGUUGAAAUCGUUGUUUGCCCGUCACGGAAUACCAGAGACGUUUAGGUCAGACAAUGGACCCCAGUUCACCUCAGGGAAGUUUGCGAACUUCACAAAGGAAUACCAAAUAAAGCAUGUCACGAGCAGUCCGCACUAUCCCAAGAGCAACGGUGAAGCAGAAAGGAUGGUGAAAGUUGCCAAAGACAUCCUCAAAAAAGCUGAAGACCCAAAUAUAGGACUCCUCAUGUACAGGACGACUCCUGGACGCAGUGGAUAUACUCCAGCUCAGCUCCUAAUGGGAAGACAGCUCAGGACUACUUUACCUACACUGCCAUCCCAGCUGACCCCUAAGUUGCCCAACCAUGAGGAAUUCCGCCGGAAAGAUAAAGAAGAGAAGCGGAAGCAAACCCAAAGCUACAACAUUAGGCACAAAGCCAGCGAUCGAAGCGAAAUGACCGCAGGAAGUCCAGUAUGGGUGACAAUACCUGGCACUACAGGCCGGCUCGUGAAGAAGAACGACAAUCCAAGAUCAUGGGUCGUCGAUACUCCACGAAGACAACUCGUUCGGAACACACACCAUUUGAUUCCAGCCCCGGCAACUAGGGAAGAUCACGCAGACAUCGAAGAUGACCCAGUGGAAGCAAACCAAGAAACACCAGGAACGGUGGCUACAUCAAGGGAUGAAGAGGACAGCGUUGACCCCGCCUUGAGUGAAGAAAAGGGCGUGUUUUCAAGAUAUGGUCGACGCAUUGUGAAACCCGUCAGGUACCGGAACUGA